AAAAGAAAAUAUCCAUUGUCUAGCCAGAAACAUAGGAUCAUUGACCAAAAUCUUAUGGCCAUAUUUACCAAUCUGAUUCCCUAAACUAUUACCUUCCAUUUCCUUCUCUUUCUCUCUAAUGGCAAUCUCUCCUUCCAGCUGGUUUAUCAAAGUCCAUUAAUGGGGGAGCCAAUGCAGCCUCCUAGCACCGCUGCUUCCUCCAACGACUCGCCCAGAACACCCAAAUCACCAGCACCGACACCUCCACAUCCACAACAACCACUGCAACAGACCUCAAACCUUCUCCAACCUUCUUCAGAGAAAAAGAAGAACAAAACAAAAGUUUUUCGCGUUUUCCGCUCGGUUUUUCGAUCUCUCCCCAUCAUAACCCCUGCGUGCAAGAUUCCUGUUCUCCAAGGUGGCUUAUUACCUGACCCCCACCACCGGCACGUAUCAGGAAAUAAGGUGACCGGAACGUUAUUUGGGUACCGUAAAGGUAGGGUCAGUUUGUCUAUACAAGAAAAUCCAAGGUGUUUUCCUUCCGUAAUCGUCGAGUUAGCCAUACAAACUAAUGUGUUGCAGAAGGAACUAGGUUCAGGAAUGGUGAGAAUUGCAUUAGAAUGUGAAAAGAGACCAGAAAAAGAUAAAAUUAGGUUGUUAGACGAGCCAUUAUGGACCAUGUUCUGUAAUGGUAAAAAGAACGGUUAUGGAGUGAAGAGGGAUGCGCUAGAGGAAGAUUUGAAAGUUAUGGAGCUUCUUAGGGCUGUUUCCAUGGGGGCUGGUGUUCUUCCUGGGAGUUCAGAUGCUGAAGGCCCAGACAGCGAGUUUGCUUACAUUAGGGCCCAUUUUGAACGGGUUGUGGGCUCCAAAGAUUCCGAAACAUUGUACAUGAUCAGCCCUGAAGGUAAUAAUGGGCCUGAGCUUAGCAUUUUCUUUGUGCGAGUAUGACAGGUGUCGGGAUCUGAUUCGAACAAUUACAUGAUAAUGAGGAGGUGGUUGGUUCCUCUAUGGAUUUAUUUACAUGAUGCAUCUAUCUUCUUUCUUGUGGGAGCGAAGAGGUUGAUUAGUGAGUGUAGAUAAUUAAAGAUAUAGAGAAGGAGAGAAGGGUCAUUAGGUAGUUUCUUUUCUUAAGUUUUAACUAAUAAUUGAUGGACAUACAAUGAUAAUCAUGCACAAUUCGUUGGUUUGGAAUAGAUCGAUGUUGACUCAAUAAAGUUGGAGGCAUUUAUUUGUUUUUAA